AUGAAGAAUGUCUCUUGGAAGAUUAUCUGUAUUCGUGAUAUGAUUGAUAGAAGUAAAGUUGUUAUCACAUUGAGGUGGAAGAAGUCAAAGGGAUAA